CGUGUGUGACGUAGUCAUGUAGAAGUUGCAGCGUGUGGGGAAGUCCUGUGUGAGUGGCUGCAGCGUUUCUGAGCUAACAGGAGGCGGAUAGAAACUGGUCCUAAAGGGGAGGAGAAGUCAUGUUCAGGGUUCUCUCUCUCCGAGGUAAGAAGAGGCCGAGCUGCCUUGUAGGUCAGCAACGCUAUGAGCAUCAUGGGGUGGUCAUGGCCAUUCGUCGGGAGGACGUCAACGUUUGGGAGAGGAGGGCGCCACUGGCUCCACGUCACGUCAAAGAGCUCACCAACAAUGGUGUCAAAGUGCUGGUUCAACCGUCGAACCGCAGGGCCAUUCAUGAGAAGUUCUACAUGAAAGCGGGGGCUGUGGUUCAGGAGGAUAUUUCAGAGGCAUCCCUAAUUGUUGGAGUAAAGAGACCACCAGAAGACAAAGUUAUCCCCAGGAAGACAUAUGCCUUUUUCUCCCACACCAUUAAGGCGCAGGAGGCCAACAUGGGUCUCUUGGAUGAUCUGCUGAAAAAGGAGGUUCGUCUGAUUGACUAUGAGAAGAUGGUUGAUGCCAACGGUUAUCGAAUUGUGGCGUUUGGUCAAUGGGCUGGUGUGGCAGGAAUGAUUAACAGUCUGCAUGGAUUGGGGCUUCGCUUCUUAGCUCUCGGCCAUCACACCCCCUUCAUGCAUAUUGGCAUGGCACAUAACUACAGGAACGUCAGUCAGGCCAUCCAGGCAGUGAGGGACUGUGGUUAUGAGAUCUCCAUCGGGCUCAUGCCCAAAUCUAUUGGCCCUAUUACAUUUUGUUUCACUGGAACAGGAAACGUCUCCAAGGGAGCCCAAGAUAUCAUCAAUGAACUUCCUGUUGAAUACGUUGAACCUCAUGAGUUGAAGGAUGCCUCUGAAACAGGAGACAUGACCAAAGUGUACGCCACAGUCCUGAGCCGACACCACCACCUGGUGAGGAAGAGCGAUGGCAUCUAUGAUCCCAUGGAGUACGAGAACCACCCAGAACUGUACACGUCUCACUUCAGGACCAGUGUGGCUCCUUACACAACUUGUCUGAUAAAUGGCAUUUACUGGGACCCUCACACCCCUAGACUCCUCAGACGACUGGAUGCUCAGAGGCUCAUGAGACCACCCAAAACCUCAUCAGUCAACAAAGAAGGAUCACCUGCACUGCCUCACAAGCUGCUGGCCAUCUGUGACAUAUCUGCAGACUCUGGAGGCUCCAUAGAGUUUAUGAAUGAGUGUACCACUAUCGAUAAGCCUUUCUGCAUGUAUGACGCUGGCCAACACAUUGAGCAUGACAGUGUGGAGGGAAAUGGGAUCCUCAUGUGCUCCAUUGACAACCUUCCUGCUCAGCUCCCCCUUGAAGCCACCGAGUACUUUGGAGACAGACUCUUCCCCUACAUCUGGGAGAUGCUGCUUUCAGAUGCCACUAGACCAAUGGAGGAAGAGGAAUUUAGUCCCCAAGUUAGAGACGCUGUCAUCACUUCUAACGGAGUACUCACCCCAAAGUUCGAGUAUAUCGAAAAGCUUCGAGAAGAAAGGGAAAAGGCUCAGAUUAUGAAGAGGACUGGUAUGAAGCGGGUUCUGCUGCUCGGAUCAGGUUACGUAUCCGGCCCUGUUGUUGAGUAUCUAACCCGCGAUGAGAAGACCCAGGUCACUGUUGCUUCGGCGCUUCUGAAGCAGUCAGAGGAGCUGGCAGCUAAGAAUCCCAACACAAUCCCAGUGAUGUUGGAUGUCAGCAGCCAUGAGGGACACCUGGACACUCUGAUCAGUGAUCACCACCUGGUCAUCAGUAUGCUGCCUUACUCAUUCCACCCCCUCAUUGCUAAACACUGCAUCAGGAGGAAGGUGAACAUGGUGACAGCCAGCUACCUGAGUCCUGCCAUGAAGGAGCUGCAGAGCAGUGUUGAAGAAGCCGGCAUCACCAUCUUGAAUGAGAUGGGACUGGACCCCGGCAUCGAUCACAUGCUGGCCAUGGAGUGUAUCGAACAAGCUAAAGCUGACGGCUGCAUUGUGGAGUCCUACAGCUCGUUCUGUGGUGGUCUUCCUGCUCCUGAGUGUUCAGACAAUCCUCUGCGCUACAAGUUCAGCUGGAGUCCUUAUGGUGUCCUGCUCAACUCUAUCAGCCCUGCCAUCUUUCUUAAAGACAACCAGGUGGUGAACGUCCCAGCUGGUGGCUCUUUGAUGGAUUCCACAACAGACAUGGAUUUUUUCCCAGGCUUCAACCUGGAGGGAUUUCCAAAUCGAGACAGCACCAAAUACGCCGAGCCCUACGGCAUCCAGAGCGCCCACACGCUCAUCAGAGGAACGCUGCGCUUCAAGGGUUUCUCGAAGGCCAUGAGUGGUUUUAUUAAACUUGGUCUGAUCAACACUGAGCCCAGUCCUGGUCUGCAACAAUCUUUGUCUCCAGUUUCCUGGGUUUGGGAUGCUGAGUGAUGAAGAGGUGCCUCAGGCAGACAGCAUCCUGAAGGCACUGGCAAAGCACCUGGAAGUCAAACUUUCCUUUGAAAAGGCUGAACGAGACAUGAUCAUCUUGAGGAACGAUGUGGGGAUUCGACAUCCCACGGGUGAGCUGGAGACCAAACACAUCAGCCUGGUGGUCUACGGGGACCCCAACGGUUUCUCUGCCAUGGCCAAGACUGUAGGGUACCCAGUAGCCAUUGCUGCCCGCAUGAUCCUUGAUGGUGAAAUUCAAACAAAGGGUCUGGUGGUCCCAAUGACCAAAGACAUCUAUAAACCAGCACUGGCCCGUUUGAAGGACGAAGGACUGAACAUCAGGACUAAGAGCACUCUGCAGGACUGAGACCAGAGAAGUCCCUGACAUCCAUAAAAACUGCCUGUAAAAUUGUUGCUUUUUCACAGUUUUUAUUGAAACGUUUUCAGUCUUCUGUAAACCUGGUUUUCAUCGUUUGUUUGAUUUUCCUGCCAGGUUUUCCUGAACCAUCUUCUUAUAUCUGCCUCUAAAUGUGAAUGUUUGAGUCAUGGUCAAAAAGAAAUGUAAAUCCACUAAAGUUGGUUUUAUUGUUACAAAAUGUGAAUUCAUGGGGUUUGUAGUUGGCGUUAGGUCAGACGUGGCAGCUGUGGAUGUUGACUGAUCCAGUAUUACACCUGUUAGUCUUUUUCUCCUCAGUAAACAGAAACGUUUCUUUAAAAGAUGCUUCAGGCUCGCUGGUAAAAUGCUGUUUUACUCUGUAGAAAACUGUAAACGUUGUGUCCUACUGUAGUAACCAGGAGUUUUUUUUUCCUACACUUUCUGGUAGUUUGAUGUGUGACAGACACCAUAUUGGUGUUAGGAGUUGUGAAUAAACCAGCAGUGAUCAGUGAUGAUCCUCACUGAUCAGAGGACCUUUCUGUUCAGUUGAAACCAAACGUGACUCUGAUGGAGCCUUUAUUUAUACAUCUGUUACAUGUUGCUGUGGAUUUAACAGUUUGGAAAAAGAAAAUGUAAAUUGAUGAAAUGUUAUAACACUAAUGAUGGCUGAUCUUCUAGUGUGUCUGAUGAAACUCAAAUUGCUCAAAUAAAGAGCUUCCUGUCAGCUCCUGACUGGAUCGUUCUGUUUGACUCUGCAGGGCUUUUAUGCGUUCAUCAUAAAAUAACUUAAAGCAGAUGUUGAGCUCUACCGCUCAAGGACAAUUAUUUCUCUCUGAAUCUGAAGGGGGUGAAGCUUCUGCUGUUCUUACAUUUAUCUCCAUGUUUUUAUAGACUUAAUGGAUUUAAUUAAAACCACCGGAGGACUCGUCUCUUUAGACCCGUAUUUCACUCUAUAUGAUGGGCUUUUCUCUGGUUGUUUAACUUGUUUUCUUGUGUUUGACCUUGAUUACUUUUAUCUUGUCUUUUAUGUAAUUUUGAUGCGAAGCAGCUUGUGGUUUUUAUCUGUCUUUUAUUCAUCUAUGUAAAUAAAAAUCCUUGUUUAGACUCA